UCCCUCUGCUACCUCGGGGCCUGGCUCUCUUGUCUGUGCCCAGGCUCGGCGUGAGUCUUCUGGCGCGGUGCAGGGGUCCCGUGUUGCUGUGGGGAGAGGGGCUGGAAGGGUCGGGGUGGGCCCGGGGCGUGGAGGCCACAGGCCGGCGCUGAGGCUGGCGGGGCUUCGGUCGCCGCCGGAGCGCUCGGUCUUGUCUCCGCGGGAAGUGUACCGGAGUUUACUUGUGCACUUCCCCGAAAGAUGCACACUUACUUGAAAAAAGUGCCCACCUGGGACAAGUGCACUUGAACUGUAGCGAUUAUGAAACUUUGGAGAGCCUGGCAAUUUCUGCCGAGGUAAUCUCACUGAAAGUCGCGGUAAAAGGAUACAUGUUCACUUCAAAUAGAAAGUAUCAUGUUCCGAAAUUCCUCCAAUUUGGGUUGUCCACCCUUCCAUCAAAAACAUCAACAACGGAGUGAUUUCUUCAAUAAGCUUCCUCUAAAUAUACCACCUACUCUUCUCUCUCGCCAGCGAAUUGCUGAUGCUGAGUUUAAUUUUCAGAAUGCAGGGGCUCUCUUGAAUGGGAACCUUGCAACUAUUCCAGCUGUUACACCGCAGCCAAUGACUUAUGGAAAUUGCAGUCCAGUAAAUAUGUCUGAGGCCUCCAUGUCAUUCCGAAGAAGAAAGAGACCAAGUGAAGAAAGUGUUUCAUAUGAUAUCAAACGGCCACGGUUUCAUUCACGUCAUUCUGAAACAACUGUAGUUGACCAAGCAGUGCCUUUAGUAGAAGAUGGUAGAUGCUCCUUCCCAGGAACAAUUCAAUCUCCACUGUUCUGUGCACCGUACAGACCAGGAUGUGUCCCUCCAUUGCAAGAUAUCCCUGUAGAAACCAUACUCCCUGUGGCCAAAGAUAAGUUAAGUCAUCAGAUUUUGGAGUUGUUUCAAGCAUGUCAGCAACAGACCUGUGAUUUGAAGAGAAAAGAGCUCUGCAGAACUCAGCUCCAGAGAGAAAUUCAGCAUAUUUUUCCACAGAGCAGACUCUUUUUGGUUGGGUCCUCAUUGAAUGGCUUUGGCACUCGUAGCAGUGAUGGUGACUUGUGCCUGUUGGUUAAAGAAGAACCAGUAAAUCAGAAGACUGAAGCAAGGCAUAUACUCAGCUUAGUCCAAAAACUCUUCAGUACUAAACUUUCAAGCUACAUUGAGCGACCUCAGCUGAUUCGAGCAAAAGUGCCAAUCGUGAAGUUCAGGGAUAAAGUCAGCUGUGUGGAGUUUGACUUGAAUGUAAACAAUGUUGUAGGAAUAAGAAAUACAUUCCUUCUGAGAACCUACGCAUACAAUGAGAGUCGGGUUCGUCCAUUGGUGCUUGCUGUUAAGAAGUGGGCAAGUUUUCGUGAUAUAAAUGAUGCCAGUCGUGGUACUUUAAGCAGCUAUAGUCUUGUUUUGAUGGUUUUGCACUAUUUACAGACCCUACCUGAACCCAUCCUUCCAUCACUUCAAAAAUAUUACCCAGAAUAUUUUGAUCCUACUUUGCAGUUGCAUCUUGUUCAUCAAGCUGUAUGUACCAUUCCUCCUCACUUCUCAAAAAAUGGAUCAAGCCUUGGAGAUUUACUAAUAGGCUUCUUCAAAUAUUAUGCCACAGAAUUUGAUUGGAGCCAUAAAAUGAUUUCUGUUCGUGAGGCCAAAGCUGUUCCAAGACCUGAUAGUAUUGAGUGGAGAAACAAAUUCAUUUGUAUAGAAGAGCCCUUUGAUGGGACAAACACUGCUAGAGCUGUACAUGAGCGACAGAAGUUUGAUAUUAUUAGAGGUGAAUUUCUGCAGGCUUGGCAUUUAUUACGAAACAGGAAAAACCUGAAUGAUAUAUUACCUAUAAGAGCAGCCAUACAGAAAAGAUAACCAAACUCUUCCACUUUCUUCUUCUUGGAUCCUGCUGAAAUAAAGAACAGUAUCACAAUCAAGAGGCAGUUACCCCAUGGUUUUCUAUGACAUGUUUUUCUCUGUAAACUUUUGUUAAGGAAAUAUUUAUAAGAAAGGUAGCAUAUUUUAUUAUCUACACUUGUUAAUACAGCUGUUCAUUCAAAGGGUAUGUUUUCUGUAAUGCUGUUGAAAAUGUUGAAAUGUCUGAAAAUGUUGUUGACUUCUAGAAGAAAUUCAAACAGCAAGCCACAAGAAUGAAUUCAUCUUAAGGGAAGUAUGGGAAUAACUGACUUGUUUCCAUAAUCUGUGUAAUCAUUGAUUCAGACACAUUUAACCAUGAAAUGAAGACAUUCAGAGCUAAACAGUGUGCAAGUCUGACUAUAUCCUUAAGGAAAUGCACACUGUACCCACUUCGCGGAGCGGACUACCCGUGCUUUAAAUCUACGUAAUUACAGUAAGCACUUUUGCUCAACUUGGCACUUUUCGAUUUUUUUCCCUUUUACAUGGAAUAACAAGCAACAGUUUAUGAAAAUUAAGAUAGCUUAUGGUUGGUAGUAUGCUGGAUAUCAAGAACUGUAAUCUAAUUUUCAAGUAACUUCUAUGACAAGUUGAAAUAAAGGAGGACAGAUCAGUAUACAUAAAUGUUUCAUAUUCACACAGAGUAAGCAACAGACUUUUUUAGUGCUUUCUUUUACAUAUGUGAAGUAAUGAUGUCUGCUUUGGGGGGAAAAAA